UCCACGUGGAAAACGGAUGAACAACUAGUCAUUAAACGAGGCUUGAUUAGAGCAGCCUACAUCAACUGUUGAACGAGAAGCCCGUAAUUGUCAGUCAACAAAACAAGUAUGACAAACUUAACAAGUUCGGUUUGGCUCAAUAGAUGGACAGUAAGUUGGGCAUGGCAAUCGGCAUGACAGAAGCCAACUAAGUGAAAAGUAGAAAGUGUAUUUCCUGAAUCUUGGGAAGUUUUAGGAAAAUACGUUACCGCAGGCUUCAUUUCUGAAACAAACAUUUAAAAGGUAAAGACUGCGGACAUGGGCUCAGUUACCUCGACGUUGACUAAAACAAGCAACACAGUCGUGCAGGAGGGAUCACCAAGGGAGCCAGAUAGACCCCUGUCAUUCCGGAACGGAAGCAAGCGGAGAAGUCUUCGAUCAACUAUGCUCCGGUAUCAUCAGAGAAGUGGCCGGAGCCCGGGGGAGUCGCUGUCCGAAGUGCUGAAAGUGCAGGACCGUAGAGGAGUGACGAGGGUCCUAGAGACAGUAUCGGAGACUUUUGGCGUUGCCAACGAGGCUGGAGAGAGUAACACUCGACCACUGAAUCGCUUUGCACGCUCCAAGUCCCAGAAUGCCUUGUGGAAUGCCAUCACAGCUGGGAUUGGGAUCAAGGAUAAGGACAAGAGGGGGAUCCUUAUCGACCCCCGAAGUCCAGAAGAGAUUCUGGCUGAUGAGUUGCCUGCUGUGGAUGGCCCAGACGCCAUGGAGAAGACAGCCAUCAGGUUGAGAUGUUUGGUGAAACAGUUGGAGCGAGGAGAAGCAUCUGUCGUCGACCUCAAGAAGAACUUGGAGUAUGCAGCCUCGGUCCUGGAGUCAGUGUACAUCGAGGAGACUCGACGGCUGGUGGACACUGAGGAUGAGCUCAGUGACAUUCAGACAGACUCUGUGCCAUCGGAGGUACGUGACUGGUUGGCCUCCACCUUCACACGUCAGAUGGGUCUGAUGCUGCGCCGGACCGAGGAGAAACCGCGCUUCCGCAGUAUUGUACACGCAGUGCAGGCUGGGAUAUUCGUAGAGAGGAUGUACCGUCGGACGUCCAACAUGGUGGGAUUAAGCUAUCCGCCCAGCGUGAUCACCGUGCUCAAGCACGUUGACACAUGGUCAUUUGAUGUGUUUGCCCUGAACGACACAAGUGGGGACCAUGCGCUGAAAUUUAUAUUCUACGAGCUGCUCACCAGAUAUGACCUCAUCAAUCGCUUCAAGAUCCCUAUUUCUGCCCUUGUGUCCUUUGUGGAAGCCUUGGAGGUUGGCUACAGCAAACACAAGAAUCCCUACCAUAAUUUAAUGCAUGCUGCAGAUGUCACCCAAACAGUACACUAUCUACUACUGAAGACAGGCAUGGUGCACUGGCUGACUGAACUGGAGAUCUUUGCCAUGAUCUUCGCUGCCGCAGUCCAUGAUUACGAACACACAGGGACCACUAACAACUUCCAUAUCCAGACCAGGUCAGGCACAGCCAUCUUAUAUAAUGACCGUGCAGUUCUGGAGAACCACCAUGUGAGCGCAGCCUACCGCCUCCUACAGGACGAUGAUGAGAUGAACAUCCUCCUCAACCUGUCCAAGGACGACUGGAGAGAGCUCCGCGCCCUGGUGGUAGAGAUGGUCCUGGCCACGGACAUGUCCUGUCACUUCCAGCAGAUCAAGGCCAUGAAGAACUUUCUCCAGCAGCCAGAGGCGAUAGACAAGCCCAAGGCCAUAUCACUAAUACUGCACACAGCUGACAUCAGCCACCCGGCCAAGAAAUGGGAUCUGCACCACAGAUGGACCACAUCACUUCUGGAGGAGUUUUUCAGACAGGGGGAUAAAGAAGCUGAGCUGGGCCUUCCCUUCUCUCCACUGUGUGACCGCAAGUCAACCAUGGUGGCCCAGUCUCAAAUCGGCUUCAUUGAUUUCAUUGUGGAGCCCACGUUCACAGUCCUCUCAGACAUGACAGAGAAGAUUGUGACACCGCUGAUCGAUGAGGCGUCUCGUUCCGGCCUUGCUGGGUUCCGACGCUCCAGUUGCUGUACUGAGAGGAGAGCUGGCAACCUGAACAGUAUUCCGGUGGGGGAUGGUAAGAGGUCCAGCGUUAUCAGUACAGGGUCAGAGGGCAGCGGAACACUCAACUGUUCCCUGGGAAACGUGGACCACAAGAGCUUCAAGGCCAUCUGGAAUGAAGAAGUACACCAGAACAGAGAAAAGUGGAAGAUGCAGGCUGCUAAAGAUCUGGAGGAGAAAACCAAAAGAGAGGCAGAGGAGAAGGCAUCGCUGGAGGGGACGGAAGAGGGGAACGUGUUUGGAACAACAGACGCGUCAGAGGAGAAGGUGGAAGAGAAGAAAGAAACGCCGCGGAUGAAGGGGGAGAAAAACACUACUGAAAAAGAAGGGACUCAAGUUGAGUGGGAGAAAAAGAAAGUGGUGCUGGAACAGCCCAAAGAGAAAGAAGGGAACACGGAUCCAGGGGGUAGCGUUGGCCCAUCAGGAACAGGAACCAAAAAAGACACGUUAACAACAAUAUCGGGACCGGGCCGAGAAUCGAACCAAUCAGAGCCCAAGGCUGAAACCAGCACAGGGAACAAUCAGAACAUUCUAAAUGGGGAAGUACCAGAGGAGCUAGACUCACCUGACACUGACUCUGGCUCUGAUGAUGACAGUGAGAAAAACAUCUCGGAUGAUACGGAAGAGGAGGACUCUGACCACAGUUCAUCUGCGUCUCUAACACCUGGAGCAGUGGAGGCCGCUCCUUUGUCCCAUGCAAACUAACUGCCCAUUCAUUUCCCCCCAAAACUGACUUCAUUUCCCAGGGGACAGCUCUCUCUGUCUAACGUUCCAGACCACAUUCUGCUAUAUGUACUGUUGUUGUUUUUCUGUUUGUUUUUUUUACACUAGUUUAACUUUAUCUCGCUCUGGUGGAAUUCAGUUUUUCUUCUGCUUUUUUUUGCUGUCAGUAAUAAAAAAAUAUAUAUGUUUUUCUCCCGAAUGGAAGCUUAACUUGCUAGUCCAGGUGUCCUUAUGGUAAAUGCCAUGUCAUCGUUCACCAUUAGCCAAAACAUUUUGACCUUUGCCAAUACCUGAGCCGUGAUGGAUACACCGGCCCUUUCUGCCACCCAGAGAGGGGUAGGCGCGUGCGCAUACUGACCCAUCAGAUUAAGGCUAAAGGACAGUACAUGUUGUCAGGUUGGCCAGGCCUCUAGCCAAGCUUGACUCUUCCAGAAGAACAUUUGGUUGGCCAUGCGCUCUUUCCUCCGCCUCUUCGCACUGCUACACAGCUACACACUUCUGGUGGAUGGAAGAAGGGCCUAUGCUGGACCAUCAGACCUCUCUGUGUGUGUAUGUGCUCUGUGUGCUGUGUCCCAUCUUGAAUCUAAGAAGAAUGUUGAAUCUAUUGGUAUUUUUCCAACAGAGCAAUGAAGAAAUUCAACAAACGAUGGUUGUCAUAUUUAUAUCGCAUUCAGUACAAUAUUGUUGGAUUGGUUGUGCUUUAACUUUGCAUUUCAUUAAUAGAAUGCACUUUCUAAAUAGGAAAAUUCUAACUAGCUUAUAUUAAAUUAAGUUAAAUUAAGUAAACCUAACCCCGGUCAUAAAAUGUAAUGUACAUAGGAAAUCUGAAAGUGUAAUGUUUUAUUCAUUGAAACAUGUUCUGAUUCCACAUCAGUAGUACAAAAUUGUGUACAGAUGCCGUAUCUUAAAUUGAACAUACUGUUAUUACUAAUUCAUAGUCUAUCUAAGAUUUAAAGACUUGUACAUUUGUAAUAUGUACUUCAGCAAUACAGACCCAGGCCCAUAUCUACCAUUAAGGAGACCGAGGUCAUGUCCUCUGUUUCUUUCGAUUUUUCUUUUUUACACGCUGAAUGAAAGUGAUAAAAACGGGAGGAACAAGAUCACCGCCUGUUGCAUGAUUUGGAUCAUGAUGACUGUGUGUUGUGAAGUCCAGCCGGGCAGUGAUCAUGGUUUCCAUUAGCAAAGACUUUCCCGCAUUCUUUGCCAGUUGCUACUGGUGAUGAAGAGUCACAGCUAGCAGUGGGGGAGUAGUUGUUGAAAAGACUGACAAUACAGGGGACAGGUAUGAUAGGUAGCUAGAGAAAUGAAGAUUUUUUGUUAUUUUACAAUAACCAUUUUGUAACCAGCUAAAUGUCAUUCAUCUCUAUAAAUAUCAUAAAAACAGUGACAUCAAAAUGAUUAGGAGCAUGGCAACUUAUCUAAACUACACAAAACUAGAGUGGACAGUGGUGCUAAUUAACUAGCUAUAUUUCUUUGUAUUAAAUUUUUUUUUGGGGGGUGAGGUACAAUUUACCUGCUUUUAACAUUGGGGGGUCAGGUCUUCCCUGAUCCUAUGCCCUUGGCUGUAUGGCAGUAAAUUACAAGGGUAGAAUUAUAUUUUGUGAAUAUAUCAAUAUAGUGAUUGACCCUGAAGCAAGAAACAGUAAGGGACAAGAAGUUAGGACAGAUGAUAUAAUCUUUUUGACUUGCCAAUAGAGAAAUCCCAAAUUGACAGCGUCUUGUAAUAUAUAUAUAUUUAUUGUGAUGAAUUUGUCAUUGUUUAUCUGGGGAGUUUUUUUGUAUGAAUUCAAGUGAGUAAAGGGCAUCAGCUGUUUUCUCUGGGUUUUAAUUUAACACUUAAUUCAUAAUGGGAGAUUAAGCAUUAUAUUUUUUCAAGAGAUCAUGUAUUCAACGUUCAUAUUUUCAAACAGAUUCUAAUUCCAAUUUUGGGGAUGGGAGGGAUUUGUGUUGCGACUCAUGACCUCAGUGUUUCUGGAGUGCUAGAUACGGCCUUGUAAAGAUUUGAUUGAUUAUGCUAAUGAAAAAUGCCACAGUUCCAAAAAGUGUCCAUUUAUUAUAAUCCGCCUACCAAUUCACAUGUCAUGUUACUGUAGAAAUAUGUUAUUGCUGUGAGGAAUGGGUCAAAUUAUGAUACAGCAUCUGUGUAUAAAAAAUAUUAUAUAAUUGUGUUGACGUAUAACACUCCAGUAUUAUAAUUCCAAUUUUAUGGUAAAUCUUAAGAAAGAAAUAACAUUUAAGAGAACCAUGACUGAUUCAUUACAUACUCAAUAGCUAUAAUAGAUUUGUCAGAGUGUAGUUGAUUUAUGUUUCCACAGUGCAGGUCUGAUUGAUUCAAAACACUAGUGUGAUGACAUUAUAUGACUGUUUUUUAAAUCGACUUCUUUAUUCAAGCAUAUUAGCCAGGUUGGUAGCUCUGUUGGUAGAGCAUGGUGCCUGCAACUCCAGGGUUCUGUGUUUGAUUCCCAUCAGGGGCCAGUACUAAAAUUUACACAUUUGGCACUGUAAGCUCUUCUGGACAUGAGUGUCUGCUAAAUUAUAUAAGCAUAAUGCUGAAUUGUGUAUUGUCUCACAUUAGGCAACAGAAAAAAGUUAUACAUUAGAUACAGUAUCAAGAAACUUUAGAAGACAUGGGCAGGAUCAUGGCUAUGAGUUUUUGCACAGCUUGCAAAAGCAUGUUUAAAGUAUAGAUGUUCUUGAGGAGGGAGCCUCUAUCACAGCCAUGAAAUCAGGUCUUUAGCCUCAGUAGGUGCACCUUACCGUCCUCUCUGUGCCUUUGGCUUUGUAGAUAGCUUGCUACUAACAUUAUACUUCUGCAGCACCCACUGGGUGAUGUCACAGCUGGCCCUACUCUCACCUCACUGCUAGUAACAGUCAGAGCAGUCUGCAGUCUUCAGUGCUGAAAGUAAUUUCCAUUACUGUAGUCCUCUGACUUGAGCAAUGAUUUGUUGUUGAAAGAAAAAUUAUCUCAUCCUAUUCAAAGCUAGCUAGCAAGGCCAAACAAACUACUAAAGCUAUAAAAAUAUCAGAAAUCAGAAAUUUAAAAAAAUAUGUAGAUAAAAAAAGUGAUGCAGAUGAAAUAUACAUGAAAAAAACAGUGCUUGACUUGGGCAAAAAAUUAUAAUAGAUGAGAACCAACUCCUCACAAAAACUCUGCUGCUUGAGGCCUGUUCCACUUGUACAUUACAAUUCUUCUCAGUUACAUAAGAGCAGUUUUUAGAAAGGUCUAGCAGAACAAUAAUGGUUUCAGACUUUCUGAUUGUCAUGCCUUGGUGCCUGGAUUAUUGUCAUAGACCCACUUGUGCAAAAUGUGAAAUAUAUUUUAGGAAAGGUCUAGGCAACUGAGAAUAUUUUGUUACAUUUCCUUUACUUUUGAGUAAUGUUGUGCUAAUCCAACGUCCUCAUCUACAACCAGAUAGCCUUCCGUAAAAUACAUUUGGAGUGGUCUGAGGCAAAUACAACCCUGUUUCCAAAAAAGUUGGAAAUAAAAACAAAUGAUUAUCUAAUUAAAGAUAGUACA